AUGCCACAUCCUGAAAGGGUACCUCUUGGUGUAUCGGAACUGACUGAAGUUGGUUCGAAAUUGAAAGAUAAUGAGCUUUUGGUUGGCGUGGAAUUAAGAUUACACUGUUUUCGCAGUCAUGUGGCAGUUGCUAAGUCACUUCCUAUAUGGAACCAGACAUUAUUUGCUAUUAUUUGGGGCCAGCUGCAGUAG